CGACGAGAGCCAUUAGGGUUUUACUCCGCCUUCACAAUGGUGCGAGCGACGGUUCUUAAAGCCGAUGAUCACGCCGUUAAAGGUGUUCCUACUAACAAAGCAAAAGGAGAUAAAAUGGUUCUGGAACCUCCGAUGAACAGUGCACAGAGGAGAAAACUGGGGGAUAUCACAAACCUGCAGAAUCAGAACAUUCUAACGAACCAGGGACCGAAGCAGCAGCAACAAGCUAUAUUGGUGUCUUCUACGGAUUACACUGAAAAACUUCAAAAGGAAAACGUGAGACUGAUGAAAGCCCUCGCCCAGAGAAAUGAAAUCAUAAAGAGGAAUGGAAGUGAGCUGCAGAAAUUUAGGAUCAACUUACAGAAGGUUCAAGAACAGAACUUGCAACUUGCCCAAACCAACACUCGUAUCUUGGCGGAGAUCAAUACAACCAAAGACCAACUGAAGGCACUUCAGCACGAACUUAGUUGCAAGAAUGGGUUACUCAUGGUCAGGAAAUUGCUGCUUGAGGAACAAAACCUUCCAUGUACACACAGCCACGCAUCAGAAGACGAGGCAAAUACUCCUGGUGGGGCUUGCGAAUACUUUCGUCUAAAUGGCAAGAAUCAUAAGACUGCUUCAGAGAGCUCCAACGUUAACGCAUUGCAGAUAAAUGAAAAAGCCAACAAUAAAAGAGUUUCUGGAAGGACGAAUCCUGCAAAUUCCGAAGUAUUAGAUAUUGGCAGAGCGGGAGAGCCAAUAGCCAAAACCAACAUGAGGAGGGUUUCUUUGAGAAGACAGUCUGGGAGGUUUAAUAUCCAAGAGCUGAGCGUGACUGAAAACUUGAGUGGUAUAUAUGAUGAUCAAGAGAUUGAUGCAAAAGCCAGAUGCUCUGCGAGUGAUCAGUCUACCGGGUCUAAGCCCGAAGCAGUGGAACCACAUGACACGAAAGAGAUAACCGGGAAAAGCAGAGUCUCUUCAAGAAGACAAUCUACAGAGGUUAAACCUCAGAGAGUCAUCAAAGAAUCCGCAGAUCCUCCUUUGCACGAUGACAUUGUUGAGGAGUCUAGUCAAGUAUCAUCUUCAGUUUUAGUGGAGCUUAGAAGAGAAUCGAAGAUCAUUCCAAGAGGCGAUGAAGCAGAUGAGAUGAGAAAAACUGCUGUUGGAAGACCUUUAAGGCAAGCUGCAGGAAAAAUCAAAUCAUACAAGGAAGUCUCACUUAAGGAGAAGAUGCGAAGGGACUUCUGACUUAUGUAUGCUAGAGUACUAUAUUCCUAUCGUGGAACUUCAUCUGGCUUCUUUGUUUGGUUUUUAGGUUUCUUUUUUGUUCUUAUUUUUGGGUUGUUCUUUAGAAAGUGUAUAGAUUCGGUUUGAUGGAGAUUAGUCGGUUUAGAAAGUAUACGGUUGAAUCUUUAUAAGUUGGUUUUACAUAUUA